AUGGAACAGUAUUUUACUGGUUCAAGGGUGCUUGAGACAGACAAGUUGAAUAUCACUACAAUGUACUUGCUUGGUGAUGCUAAACUUUGGUGGAGGACUCAAAACGCAGAUGAUAUGAGUGCUAAUCGACCCAAAAUUGAUACGUGGACCAAGUUAAAGAAAGAAAUGCAUGAUCAAUUUCUCCUGGCAAUGCUUCAUGGCUUUGCAAAGGACAAGUUGAAGGGACUGAGGCGAACUGGUUCGGUGCAGGAUUACAUUAAAGAAUUUACCUCUGUGAUGUUAGAUAUUCAAAAUAUGUCUGAUGAGGAUAAAUUACAUAACUUCAUUUUGGAAAUGCAAGGUUGGGCUCAAAAUGAACUUCGGCGACAGAAUGUUAAGGAUCUACCUGGGGCAAUUGUUGUUGUUGAUUUGUUGGUUGAUUUCUGGUCGAUUCGAUCUAUGACUGAUGUUCCUUCUACUUUGAAAUCUAAGAAGAAGGGGGACUGGAUAAAGGAGAAUCGUAAAGACAAUACUAAUGACAAGGGGAAGGCACCAAUAAAGGAAUACAAAGACAGACCAAAGUGUAAAGAUGGCAAUCCAAAGGGGGAGGAGGAAGAAGAAUUUGUGGCUGCCAUGGUUAAUCCAUUGGGUUUUUCUUUAAAUCAAAUUAGGUUGGUUAAUAAUGUUGAAGGGACGUCUAGUACUUUGAAUCCACAUGCUCCACUAAUUCAUAUAGAAAUGAAAGUUAAAGAACAACAUGUGAUGGCUAUGGUUGAUGCAGGGUCUGCUCAUACACUUUUGCAUGUAAAGAUUGCUACAAAAUUGGGGCUUAAGUUGACUAAAAGCACAUCCUACGUCAAAACAAUCAAUUCUAAGGCACAAGUCAUUGUGGGCAUGGCUUAUGGGGUGUCUAUAUCGACUGGAAGUUGGGUGGGAAAACAUAAUUUGAUGGUGAUGCCACUUGGUGAGUUUGACAUCAUACUUGGAAUUGAUUUUCUAAGAAAAUUUCAAUUUGUUCCAGUUCCUCAUUUAGAUGGAAUGAUGGUCAUAAAUGAGAAAAAUACUCAAUUUCUUAAGGGUGUUCAUCCAUUCGUAAAGGUUAGUAAGGUUGCAAAGAAGAAAGACAAGGGAAUAUUGUUGUUUGCUAUAUUAAUCAACAAAGGGUUGAAGAAAGGUGAUGAAACUAUACUUGCUGUCUUAAUCGAACUGAAGCCUGAUGUUACAGUAGAAGUGCCUGAUUGUGUUGUUGAAUUAUUAAAACAAUAUUCUGAUGUGAUACUACCUGAAUUACCAAAUAAACUGCCAUUGAGGAGAGAUAUUAUUCAUAAAGUUGAGUUAUUGCGAGGUAUGGUUACUCCUGCACAAGCUCCUUAUCUUAUGGUUCCUAAGGAGUUGGCUGAAUUGCACAAACAAUUGAAUGACUUACUGGAUGAUGGACUGAUUCAACCAUCUAAGGCUCCUUAUGGUGCGCCUGUUUUAUUUCAAAAGAAGCAAGAUGGGACAAUGAGAAUAUGUGUUGAUUAUAGGGUUCUGAACAAGGCAACUCUGAAGAACAAGUAUCCAGUUCCAUUGGUGUAG